AAGAGAUUUUUUUUUUUUGAGGGACCCAUGUCUGCAAAUGCCAUUACUUUGCUUUCAAGACCAUUCAACUCCCAUCCCCAGAACCAAGUUGAGUGGAACAGUUGAACCUUUUCUCUUUCAAAGCAUUAAGCCAACUAACUGCCCCUGUUCUCUUCUAGCUCUCUUUCUAUAUAGAAUUGCAGAAAACGGAAUUUGAAUUCCUAAUGGAUAAACAUGGCAAUGUUUUGGACAUGGGGAACUCUGUUCCUGUUUCUUCAACCUCGGACUCGGUCUUGAAACUUCAACGCUCAAUUAGUUCUAAGCUGGACGUCGUCUUAAUCGAAUCACCGAUCAAGAAAAACAAAGUCAAAGGCCAAAACUCAAUUGCUGGACUUGGUUUGAAUCCUCAGCCAUCGCCGAUAUCCCAUGUAGCCAGUUUCCGAGAAUUAAGUGCUAAAGAGGAAAUAUAUUUUGAUCCAAGGUCCUGCUUAGAAUCUGAUUGUGAAGAUUUCUUCAGUAUCAGUAGUGAUACUACCCCGUCUUGUGGCAACACUCCUAUCCACCAAAGCAGCUUCGAAGAAACUCCUGAUGAAUUAGAAAAACCUCUUUACAUGAACAGUACACCCAGUUCUAGUCCUGAACCCCCUCCAACAGAGAUGAAAAAACAACUUUUUGAGCUUUUUCAAGAGAGCUUCAGGGGAGAUGCUGUUGAUCAUGGCAGUCCAAAUUUACAAGGAAGUUCAAAAGCCAAUCCCACCAUUUUUCACAUUCCUCCAAAAUCUACAAAUCAAACCCUUUAUGCAUCUCUAGCAAGCUCUGCAUGCAGCUGUGAGACAACUCCCGAGGGAAGUUACAACCCCGGGAAGGGGAAACUCGCCAAGUCUACACUGUGCUGCCUUCCAAAUUUGGCGCGCAGCCUGAGCUUUAGUGGGAGGAGGAAGAGGCUGAACCUUGCCAAUACUAGUGGACGCUAAGCCCUGCUUCUACUCUUGUCUAUAUAUAUAUAUAUUGUAAAGUACUGCAAACUAAAGCAUAAAAGGCAUCUUAAAUCCCUUUUCAUAUUUCUUGGCUUCCCUCAAGCAGGCUGAGAAGCAAUUCUAAAGUGAAUUAUGAACUUUCUUGUAUUAUCAUGUGCAAGUACUUGGGGAUUAUUAGUUUUUACUGCAUUUGUGAAAUGCAGGACUAAAUUUUUGCAUGUUCACUUGUGUCCGGGAUAUAGUAACAUGGGAACAUUUGUAAUUGUUGAUGCUUUUAAAUAAAUUUCAAUUAGUUCAUAUUUCAGUACUUGACAGGAUAAGUGUCAUGUAAACUGACAUAUCAGUUUGUAAAUAUGAUAAGUGUCGGUGUCGCGUGGACGGCCAUAUCAAUUUGUAAGAAGUUUGU